AUGUCUUUGUAUACCGUAUAUGUUUCAAAAGUAUAUUUUUACAUUAUCCCUGAAAGUUAUAUAUAAAUCGGAUAAGUACUCGCUGAGAUAUCCCCAAAAAACCAAAACUUAAUAGACUUUUGAGCGGUACUGUAAGUUGGCGAAUUUUACAGGUAGCCAACGAAGAAAAAACGGAAAUCGACUAUGUUCGCGCCAACGGACUCCCAGUCUAUCGGCUCGUUUCCGUCGUCUGUCACCACGGCUACUCUCUUCAUUCUGGUGCAAUAUUCAAUAAAAAUCAUGAUAAUACGGAAAAUCAGGUCACUACACGGCGUUCACCUAUGACCACGCCCUCCAGUGCUGGUAUUACUGCUCGGACGAUUUUUAUUCAGGAGGUGGGUUUCGAAAAAAAAUAAUGGUUGAAUAUUUCUUUAGAUUUAAUAUAAAUUCGUUGGCAUUUUUUUAGAAUCAUAUUUUUUUAUGAAAAAAAUUUUUUUCCCUCAAAGAGUCGAAAUUUUGUUCGGGAAACUAUGAACUCCAUGAAAAAAACCAGAAAAAAAGUCUCUUUAGAAAACAUCUUUCUAUUUUUUUGAGCAAAUUUUUUUAACUUCACAGAGAUUUCGAAAACUCGUUCUUUUUUUGCUAGGAACUUAAAAUUUAAAAAAAAGAGUUUUUUUCUUCAGCUAUGCGAAAAUUGUAUGCAAAAAAACAUCGAAACUAUGCAAAUUUUUCGGGAUCAAGAGAUUUUUUUCCAGGAGACCUAGAUUAUUAAUAAAAAAAGAUCAGGUGUGAAAACUGAUGAAAAAUUUUCCAGCUUAUUGGUUUUUUUUUCACUUAAAACCUGUGAAAACAAACGAAUCACUCCUUAAGUGAUCACUCGAAAGGUUGAAGUUUUUACUCAAGGGGAGCUAUUUUAUCUCCAUUGAUAGCUGAAAGGAAGUCAGAAACGUGGUUGGGAAUUCUCUGAAAAUUGCCCAGAACUCCUCUUAAUAUACCAGAUAAGAUUCUGAGAGGUUCUACCUGCAAAACUUCCUAGCUCUCAAGAAAUAAGGGUCUAAUGCCCCAAAAAACGGAUUUUGAGCGUUCUCAAUUAAUUUACGGAGUCUGUUCUCGAAAAGUAGAAAGUUGUGCAGAUUGAGAUUUUCCAAAUCUUCUUUUGGUGUAUCAUUUAGAGUUCUAGCCAAUUUUCAGAAGAAUCUCAACCGCCUCCCUUAUGAGAUUUUUCGAAAAAGCUGAUUUCCUGAAGUUUUUCGAAAAUAACCCCCAAAUUCUUUUCCAGAAAAAUCUGUCGGAUGUGAUGUUCGACGCCGCCGACAAGGGCUACAUUUUUUUCUACACCCAAUGUCCUCCUCCAAAAAUUGAUCUCUACUGAGAAAAAAAAUAUUUUUUAUACUCUUCCCCAUGUUCAUAAAUAAUAUUAAAAGCUUUAUUGUUUUCCGAAAAAAAAAUCCUGUGCCAUUCCCCUCACUUUUUUUCGUUGAUCGGGUCUAUCCACGGUUGAUAUGUUGUUGUUUUUUUUUUUCGAAAUUUGCAAAACCGAUCAAAUAAAGUUUUCUUGACUUUUUUCUUCGCAAUUUGACUUUUUUCCAAUCGAUUCCGUGUGUGAAAUGAUGCGAGCUUCUUAUUUUAAUCGAGUUUCUUUCAGAAAAAGCUUCCGAAAACAUUUUAAACGCCGUCAUCGUGAGUCAGGUUUGUGUUUCAUUCUCUGAUGGGAAAAAUAUAAUUCAGUGAAUUAUAGCAGUAAGAAGGGUGAAGUAUAAAUGGAUAUUUCUUCGUCAGCCUUUCCUACACCCAAUGUUGUGGACUAUAUCGCAGCGAGAGUAACGCUAUACCGCGGGGGAGCCGCGAGCGAUAUCGCUCGUCUCUCGCUGCGACCUCGCAAACGUCUUGCGCUAUAUCGCUCUCUAAAAAAUUUUUCUUCAAAAAUGUUUUUUUCUUGAAUUUGAUUGAUUUCAUCAUAAAAGUCAAAAAUAAAGCAAAAAAAGUGUUUUUCAAAUUUCAAAUUUUUGAGAGGGAGCGAUAUGGCAGCGAGACUUUGACGAGAUCGCAGCGAGAAGCUUUGGCUAUAUCGCGUGCGGCCCGCUGCGAUAUCGGCAAUUAUGUUGGGUGUACCGCUCCCAGCUUUCGUCCAUUGACUUCCAUUGAAAAUCCCCAACUAGUAAAUAUACGGCUCAAGGUACGGAUUCGCCUCGAGUUAAACCGGCUUCAGAAAAACUUACCGAAACUCCAAAUUUCCUCUCGUUUAUUUUCGAUUUUUCCGUCACCUCUUGUUCGUCUUCAUCUUCUUGUCUGCUUCUGAAUAACUUUUGCUCUUUUUUUCUAUAAUUUCCAAUGCAUUUAAUUAAAGUUCUCCUCACCUCCAACGAAUCAUGGUAUUGCUUCUUGGGUAGAUCCGCCCUAAAAGACCAAGAAGCCUUCUAGGAGCCACAAAGCGAACCGGCUGUUGGUCUGGCGUCUCUUCGGGAUGAUGGCAUCUCUCAAGUGAUUUUCCAUCGCCAUACGUCUGUCAAGAAGAACUUUGUAGAGUCAGAAAAGCGCUUCUGAAGAGAAUAUUAGAAAUCUUAAGGGAUUUCUUCAAGUUAUUGAUGGAUGCUAAACAUCUGGAAGUCCUGAAGAGUCGAAAGCGAAGUAUUAGAAUGAAACAACUCUUAAGCGAUUAGUUCAUCAGAAAUACUCCAAAAACUCUCGUUUCCGGUUUGGUUUCAACACGGAUAACGGUCCUACAGCGUCAUGGCACUACUAACCCUCAAGUGACCACUCCGGGGACAGCUUGCAUCUAUCAAGAAGUCUUCUAGGAGCGACAGAACCGGCUGUUGGUCUGGCGUCUCUUCUGGACGAUGGCAUCUCUCAAGUGAUUUUCCAUCGCCAUACAUCUGUCAAGAAAAACUUUGAAGAGGCAGAAAAGCGCUUCUGAAGGGGAAAUUUGAAAUAUUAAGAGAUUGCUUCAAGCUAUCGAUGAAAUCUGAACGUCUCGAAGUGCUGAAGAAUCGAAGAAGAGCUGUCAGAAUGGAAUAAUGGUUGAUUCAUCAAUUUAUCUCCUAGAAAGACUCCAAAAAACCUCGUUUCCAGCUUGGCUUCAACCCGGAGAACGCUCCUACAGCGUCAUGGUGCCUUCAACCCUCAAGUGACCACUCCGGGGACAGCUUGCAUCUCUCAAGAAGUCUUCUAGGAGCCACAAAGCGAACCGGCUGUUGGUCUGGCGUCUCUCAAGUGAUUUUCCAUCGCCAUACGCCUGUCAAGAAGAACUUUGAAGAGUUGGGGCUUCUUAAGGAAAUAUUUAAGCUCUCAAGAGACUGCUUCAAGCUUUCGAAGGACGCUAAACAUCUGGAAGUUCUGAAGAAUCGAAAGAAGAAUUGCAAGAAUGGAACAAUGGUUAAUUUAUGUCCAUCUUCUAGAAAUACUUCAAAAAACCUCGUUUCCGGCAUGGCUGCAACUCAGAGAACGCUUCUACGGCUUCAUGGUGCCCUCAACCCUUAAGUGACCACUCCGGGGACAGCUUGCAUCUAUCAAGAAGUCUUCUAGGAGCCACAAAGCGAAGCGACAAAACCGACUGUUGGUCGGGCGUCUCUUCGGGCCGAUAGUGUCUCUCGCUGUACACUAGGAAGGCCAAACGGGCGCUCGCACCCACAUUCUCACUCCCACGGACUCUUGCUGGCCCUACAGCUGGUAUUAUUUGUCUUUUUUGGUCCCUCGUUUUUUUUUCUUCCCAUUCCCACGCCGAAUGGUUUCGUUAGCCUUUUUGUGCCGUACCGAUUUUGCGGCAAAAUUCAAUUUUUGAGAUGCCCAAGGAGAAGCGGAAAGACGAGCCGGUGACGGAAAUCGAUCACGUCGAUAAGCAUGUCGCAUCGUUUUCCCAGAUCGCCCAUUUGAGUGAGCACUUGAGGGGUUUUUAGUGAUAAUUUAGGGUUCAUUGAUGAAAAAUUUGAAGAGUUUGAAGCUGGAUUCGGGUUUUUAACUGUUUCAACUCCACAGAGAUUUAUUUAUUUAUGACUUUUUUUCAGUGAAUUUACAUGGUUUUUCGAGAACGCUCCCUUAAGUGAGCACUUGAGGGGCUUUCAAGGAUUCUUAUAGGGAAUAUUGAUGAAAUAUUCGAAGAGUUGACGCUGGAUUCGGGUUUUGGCUGUUUCAAAACCACAGAGAUUGAUUUUUGCCUUUCUUUUUUUUAGUGAAGUUACAUGGUUUUUCUAGAACGGUCACUUGAGUGAACACUUGAGAGCUUUCUAGUGAGCAUUAUAGGGUUUAUUGAUGAAAUAUUUGAAGAGUUUGAAGCUGGAUUCGGGUUUUUAGCUGUUUCAACUCCACGGAGAUCAUUUUUGACUUUAUUUUUUUUUCUAGAUAAGCAGGAUUUUGAUCCAGAGUCUGUGAACUUACAUGAUUUCUCUAGAAUGUUUUUUUGAGUGAGCACUUAAGGGUUUUUAGUGGGUUUCCAAGCUGGACCGAGUUCUUCGAGUCACUUUAAAUAUGCAUAAAAUCAUUUUUUUGAGUUUUUCCUGAUUUGGAACCUUCAAAAAGAAGAAUUUUUUUCGUUCAGAAAAUCUAGAUAUUUUUUUCAAAAUUUCAGUUUUACAAGAAGAUGAUUCUGAAGGAGUUUUGAAAAUUUUUAAAUUUAUAUCGAUUUUUUUCCAUUGUAUAUCUGAUGCUAAAUGGUUAUGAUACAGGAAGUUUAAAAGGCGAAAACUUAUUUCAUUUUUUUAUUCUGGUCUUUUGGCGUUGAAAAGUUUCUUUAAAUCUCGAAAAAGGUCUUGAAAAUGAAAUUUUUGAGAUUUUGCAGCAUAAGUAACAUUAUUUUGACGCUGAUAACACCUUUUUCUGAAGGAAAAAUUCAAAAUAAUUCAAUAAAUAAGCCAUUUUCUUCAUUUUCCUUGAGACCGUCAAUGAUUUUUGACGUUUUCCAGUCGAUGCUGACGUCAUCACGCGGCUCACUUUGAGCCACAACAAAAUCAGCGUCGUCCCGGCGAACAUUGCCGAUUUGGUCAAUCUUCAGGUUCAAGAAAUUGGAAAUAUUCCAGAAUAAAUACGGGGUUUUCAGGUCCUAACCUUAUGGAACAACCAAAUCGAGGAGCUUCCGCCCUCGAUUUCCAGCCUCCCCAAACUUCGGAUCUUGAAUUUGGGGUAUUUUUUAUUUAAGGAAGAUAGAACGAACAAGUAUUGAUUUUUUGUUGGAAAAUGUAUCGUCCUUCUUUCUUUUGGGCUAUAAUCGAAUAAUUUUUGAGUUUUUUCACAUUUUUCCUCACAAUUUUCGGUGUCUGACAUGCUCUUGAAACCAUAAAUUUUUCAUUUUUUUAUCUUAAUUUCCAUGGAUUUUUGUUUUUUACUGUCAGGAGGUAAGAAGAAAAACACAUAGUUUUGUUGAAAAUUUGUUUCCGUCGAAAAAAAGUUUCAUGGAAUUUUUUUGAAUGUAAUUACAGUUUGGACAUUUUUCGUAUGUUUUUUUCAGUUUUGGGGGAAUUGUGAGCUUUUAUUUCACAUAACUAUGGGAAAAAAAGAAAAAAAGUUAAGGAAAAUCAUGAUUUACGUGGGAAAAAAAGCAUUUUAUUUAAAAAAAUUUAGGUCCACGUUUUUUUAGAAAAAAAGAGUGAAAAUUGAAGGAAAAAAAGGACAAUAGAAAAAUUAUAUGAAAAGUUUGAAGUGACAAUUUUUUUGAGGUUAGCUGAAAAUUCUUUUAAAAAAAGGUUAAAUUUUGAACUGAAAUUGUAUAAUUAUUCUCGUUUUUUAUUAAUAUUGGAUUUUCGACAAGAAAAACUAUUCAAAAUCUGAGUAAUUUUCCAGUUUCUAUGAGGCUAGAAUGACCACAAAUCAAAAAAGAGGAACAUUUUUAGCCAUUUCUUGUCGUUUUUUGCGAAAUAUCUGAGAAAUCUGAUUUUUUGAAAUCUUUUACAGAAUGCAUUUUAGUCCCAAGACAUUGAUAACGUGUUUAAAAAUACAGAAUUAACCUGAAAAACGCUAAAAUAGACUUUUCGCUUCAAGACCCUUUCAGUGAAAUGUUGCAUGCUCCUUUAAAAUAUUUCAAGAAAAUGACUUGAUCAAACUUUUCCUUCAGAAUGAACCGUUUGUCGAUUCUGCCACGUGGUUUCGGGUCCUUCCCGGCUUUGGAGGUCCUCGAUUUGACUUAUAAUAAUUUGAGCGAACGGAGUCUUCCCGGCAACUUUUUCUUCAUCCGUUAGUUGUAGAUUCGAAAAAAAAAAUAUAUUGAAACGAAGAUUUUCAGACACUUUAAGAGCACUCUAUCUCGGUGAUAACGAUUUUGAGAUGCUGCCCGGCGACGUCGAGAAUUUGGCCAAUUUACAGGUGAAUAAUUGAUUUUUCAGUUUGGAAAAUGAGUUUAUGUGUGGAAAAAUGGAUAGUAAAUGGAAACGUUGAACAAAAAGUGAUUAAAUCAAGUCCUGGAAACGUACUUUUUGCGACUUUCCUGCUGCAUUUCUGGCAUUUCCUCAACUUUACUGAUUUUUUGUAGUAUUCGAAAAAGUUCUCAACCACGGCGUUUUUGUUAGUUGAAGAAAAUGCGAAACCAAAAACACGGUGGGCGGAGCCAAAAUAUCCACCGUUCCCACGUGACGUCAUGGGAACGCCAGAGAUUUCGGCUCUAAAAGCCUAAAUAACAGGGCAUAUUAAAGGCGCAGGCCGCCGUAUUGCCAGAGGUCUUUAAGACGAAUCGAAAUUUGAACCCAAUUUUCUGCGUGAAAGCGGCGCAGUGCAUGCACAAGAAACUCUUUACGGAGAAAAAGUGGGCGUCGUCGAAAAAACGUCGUGUAACACGUUCUCUUGGUAACUCUCAAAAAUAACGGCUACAAAAAAUUUUUAUUUUUCGAUUUUGAUGAAACUUCAUCCAGUGGGAUAACCCAUCAUGAGAAAUGCGCACACAACUUUUUGAGUCAUUUCCUCUUACUGUAGCCGGGUUACGGUAGACAGGUUGGCACCUGCGUAUCUAAGUAUUGAAAAGUUUGUACUGGACAAGAGUUAUAUCAGUCGAUAGGUAAACGUAAAAAACUAAACCACUUAACUAGACGAAGCUUCGUGAGAGAAUCUUUGUAGUGAAAAAGGCUAUUUUGGAAAGUUUCAAUCGAAUUAUCUACUUUACGGAAAGUCUAGAAAAGGACUGUAUGAGUAGAAAAAUCUUUCAAUAGUGGGAAAAUUGGAAAAAAAAAUGUAUAGCUGGUUUCAACUGAAUCCUGGACACGUUCUUUGCACUUUUGCGAACAUCCUGAUGGAUUUGAAACAUUUUGCCAACUUUCGUGAUAAUUUGAAGAUUUAAAAAUGCCUCUUAAACGGCCACUUAACUAGAUAAAGCUUCUUGAGAGGACUUUUGAAGCUGUAGGUCAGAAAACGAUCGUUGUAAUUAGAAGUCAAAGUUUGAGUCUUCGCAAGCUAGAGAGCGUCCGAAAAUGAGAGAGCAGACUUUUGUUGUUUUCUCUAACAGCUCUUUUUUUUUCCAAGAACUGAUUUUCAAAUCAAUCUAUCUCCAGAUCCUGGCCCUCCGCGACAACGACCUCCUCACUCUACCACGAGAGUUGGGCCGUCUGACGCGACUCCGCGAGCUGCACAUCCAAGGCAACCGCCUGACGACCCUGCCUCCCGAGCUCGGCAACUUGGACCUGAUCGGGCCCAAGCAGACGCUCCGCCUCGAGCACAAUCCCUGGGUUCCCAACGUCCAGGAGCAGUUCGACCUUGGUGGCGCCGCCGCCAUCUGGAACUACAUCCGCAGCGAGAACUACAAGUACUUCUACGGGCGACAGGUAUGUAGGAAAUGACGUCAUUCGGACCGCGACGCCAGGGGCGUGCGGAGCGGUUGGAAUGGACUUUUUCGUACAAGGAAAAAAGAGUGGUAGACGAAUUUUUGAUCCAAAAAAAGAUAGAGAUGACGUCAGUCCGACCGCGACGCAAGGGGCGUGCGGAGCGCUUGGAAUGGAUUACUUUGUAGAAGAAAGGGAGAUCACUAGAUAGGAUUCCGUUCAAAAAAUAGUUGAAAAUGACGUCAUUCCAACCGCGACGCAAGAGCCAAGCGGAGCGGUUGAAAUGGACUUCUUGGUAUGGAAAAAAAGGGAUAGAUAGGUUUUUCUGUCGAAAAUAGAUAGAAAGUGACGUCAUUCCAACCGCAACGCAAGGGUCAAGCGGAGCGGUUGGAUCGGACUACUUUGUGAAAGAAAGGGAUAUCACAAAAUAAGCUUUUAUUCAAAAAACAAGGUUCUAAAUGACGUCAUUCCAACCGCGACGCAAGGGUCAAGCGGAGCGGCUCAAAUAAAAAUUCUGGUACGCUUUAAGAAGAGUGGUAAAUAGGCUGAAGGCUAAGUGACGUCAUUUUUCCAACAAAAAAAAAGAUGACGUCAUUUUCCAUCUAAAAAGACAUUUUCUUCUAUUUUCUGACACCUCAAAGACUAAUGACGUCAUUUUUGAUCUCGUGAGUCAGCUCAUUGAAGUAAAUCCUUAUGGGAAGCAAGUCGUAAAAAAGGCGUCCUUGAGAUUGGCAAUUUUUAUGACGUCAUUAAUUUUUGCUUCGAGAAGUUUUUAGCGAAACAGUGAGCGGAUAGAAGAGAUUUAGAGCAAAUUGAUGACGUCAUUUGGGAGUUUUCCUACAACAUUUUUGAGAUCGAUUCUUCGUGAAAAAUUUUUUUAGUUCAGAGUUUUUUUUUAAUAAAUUUUAGGCAAAGGCUAGAAAGAUUCUGAGAUUUUGGCGAAAUAGUGUCCGAAAAGUAGAGUUUUUAAGCUAGCGGUGAAUGGACUAUGAUCGAUUAUUUUUUUUCAGGAAGUCGCCUCAACUCCAGUGCCACCCAAGAAGAACAAGGACAAGAAAAUUUCGCGCAAGGGGCAGGCUCCAGCGCAAUAA